AUGAGGAUAUUUUUAGAAUAAAUAGUAGUAGCCAAGAGAUUUUUCAUCAUUAAAGUUUGCUUUAUCUUUUAUUUUUUGUUAUGCAUGUCUUUUCUUAUUUUUUUUAAAAUUUCUAUCUAACACUUUGAUUAGAAAAUAUACUUAUCUAAUGGCUAAUUGUUUUCUUGUAAUAUACUAAUUUAUUUAAAUAUAUUGUUAUUAAUUUGUAUAAGUAAUAAUUUAUGAUCUGGUAUAACCAAUGGUAACUUCAUGGCAAGUACUGACAAAUUGUAAAUUGUAUUUAAAUCCGGUGUUAUAGAUUGAAUAGCAUUUGGCUACUGUUCAAUUAAUUUUUUUAUUAAUGACGGGUUAAAUUGCAAAAUACUAAAAUACUGAAUGAUGGUGCCCUGUGGCUGCUGUGCAAUAAUUCAAAUAAUAAAAAUUGAAAAAUAUUCCAUGGAAGGUUCUAUGAAACCAGAAUACCGAAUUGACAUUUGAUAUAUAUCAUGACUAAAAUUUAGUUACUAUAAUAUAGGUAAUUGUAUAGUCAUUAAUUAGUCCUGUUCAAAAGUUCAAAAUAUCAAAUAAUAUUGUAUUAUAUUAUUGUUGUCGUCGUCGCACGAAUGAGAUAAGAGAUAAGAGCAAUUCGGCGACGAUGAUCUGCAUGAUGUUGUGAACGGUUACACGUGAUUAAAUCCGUUUGCUGUGCGAGACAUGGGUAGAACAAAAAAGAGAAUAAAAAUAAAAAAUAUAAAUGAUUAACGAGUUACGAGACGACGUAGGACGACAAUAACAAACGAACGGACGGACGGAAAUCGGUCUGUGAAUAGCAUAACUUCCGUAGUUCCGUCGCUGGCCCGGCGGACGACAAGUGAUCACAGAGUGGGUUCCCGACGUCUGCUGACGGACAAACGCUUUUGGCAUUUUUAAGCAUACAAAAUACAAAUAUCUUCAAGAAAGAUGUCUUCUGCUUUAGAAGAAAGGGAAGAACAAAGUUUAAAAUGUUUUAUAUGCAAUAUCAAAGUUACUACUCGUUCAUCAUACAAUAUUUAUUGUACAUUUAUGCCUCAAAGAGAAUUGUUGUUAAUAGAUGUCAUGUCAAAAAUACUUAAAAAGGUUUUGAAUCCCUCUCUAAUGAGAAGCUCAGUAUUGUGUCGAAGGUGUUUUACACUUUUUGAUGAGUUGGAUCAGAUAUCUACACGUUUCACAAAGCUUCAGACGGACAUUAUUAAGCGUUAUACUUCUACAUGUAUUGAAUAUAAAGAUGAUACUGAUAUUAAUGUUGUUAAUAGUAUGGUUCAACCAAAACCUGAAGAACUUUUACCGAGUGAACAAGAAAAUGAUAAAUCCUUUAAUGAUGAUGAUGAAAAUAGCGAAAAAUCAUCAAUUGCUCUAAAUGAGAUAGUUGAGAAUAUUAUAAGUACUAUACAAGCUGAUGAAACUAUGGACAACAAUGUAAAUUCUAAAGAUAGUACUUCUGAUACUGUAGAAGAUAAAAUUAGAAUUAAAAAAGAGGCAACAGAAAAAAUGGAUGGAGUAGAUAUCCCAAUAUCUGUUGUUGAAGAACGAAUCUGUGAAAUAAAAUCAAGGGAACAUAGUGUUGCCAGUGUUGGUAUUAAUUACCAAUGUGAGAAUUGUGAUGAUUCUUUUCAACAAGCUUCAGAUUUAAAGAAUCAUUUUACCACAGUUCACCAAAGUCCAAAAGGUUUCUUUUGUUCAUCUUGUGAUAUAAGCUAUUCAACCAAACAAGAAUUAAAUAAUCAUUUGUCUAAAGAGCAUGCGACUUUGGAUAAAGAUAUAAUUGAUGACCCAGUUGAUUCAAUUUCUUCAGCAAUUAAAAUUGAAAAUAUAACUUCCCAAUGUGAUACAGAUUCAAUCAUCGUCACUGAGGCUAAUGAUGAUUAUAUAAAUGAGACUCCUGAAGAUGUGAUAAUUGAUGUGAAACCUGAUUUUUCUAUUGAUGAUAGCAUGUAUUUGGAGGAAGUUGUACAGGAAGAAAAUGAAGACGAUGAUUUUGAAUGGAAAGAAGAAGAACAAAUUGACUAUAUUGAAGAAAAUAUCAUAGAAGAUAGUUCAAGUGCAAUUGACGAAGCUUUUGCUCCUUCAUCCGGAUCAGAAAAAUCUGUGAAAAGAUUUAAAAAAGGACAGAAUAAAAGGGGUAGUUCACGUUCUGGUGAACGCGCAUGUUUACCGGCUAUACAUAGUUGUGCACUUUGUGGCAAAAAAUGGAGGACAGUCACAGAGUUAAAAUCUCAUAUACAAUCACACAGUUCUCUCAGGCCUUAUGUUUGCGAGAUAUGUGGUCAAGCCUAUAAAAUGAAAAAAGCUCUAGAUGUGCACAUUGGAAUGCACAAUGGCAUACAUCCAUUUACUUGUGAAUACUGUAACAAGUCUUUUACACAAAAAGUUGGUCUACAAAAACAUAUUCCCAUUCAUACUGGAUAUACACGGUUUCAAUGUGAUCUGUGUGGGAAGCGAUUUAUUCAUCAAAAAAGUUUUCACAUCCAUACAAUGACUCAUACUGGUGAGAAACACGUUAAAUGUACUGAAUGCGGUUUGGCUGUUUUGUCUCAAUCACAUCUAAAGCGACAUUUACGGGUCCACACCGGGGAGCGACCGUAUGCUUGUCCAAUCUGUGGGAAACGUUUUGCAGAAAAGUAUAACAUGAAUGCUCAUGUGCAUAUCCACGAGAAUAAUGGAGGACACGGGCCAAGAAGAAACAGAAAUCAUAUAUGUCAAUUGUGUGGUAUGAGUUAUGAUCGAAAACAUAAACUUGAAUAUCAUUUAUCUUCAGCUCAUAACAAAAUUGAUAGUAAACUUUCUCAAGAUCAAGAAUUAGUGCAACUACAACAACCAAAACUUGAAUACUUUCAAGAAAAUUCUCAAAGUCACCAAAUCAUCAACGUGGAGAAUAGUGCUAUUGAUCAUAAUGGUAGCACUACAAUGAUAACUGUCAGUGGUGUCAAACUUCCAAUAACCUUAGACGACACUCCAAUUAUGGUUGCUACAAUGCCACAGCAACCUCAUACUACUAAUCUUGUACCACUCAACAUACCAGCCACAGAUUCACUUCUUGCUUACAGCCCAUCAAACACAAAUGAUAAUAAUGAUAAUAAUGAUCAACAGUUGGUUGAUAGUUCACCGAAUGCUUAUAUGCCACAAAACCCUGUUACAAUACAAUUAUCUUAAGAUACCCAGUUCAUAGAUAAAUAUUAAAUGGGUAACUGCAACCUCAAAAAUCACAAAAGACCCUCGUAGAUAAUGCUAAUUUGUCAAACUCUAAAUCUAAUGUUUUAUAUAGACUAUAGAGAUAGAAUCCUAGAUAGUAGUUUCAAAUAUCUAUUUUCUUAUCCUCACGUUUCUUAAAAUUUAAAGUUGAUCAUGUCUAGUAAGUUAGUGUCUAUCGUUGUUCCAUGCACAAUCUUAUUCUUAUUAGUUAUAAUUAAUAAUAUAAAGCAAUUAAUUAUUUAACAGUAAAUUAUGUAUGCUUUUAUCAAUUGAUAAUAUCUAUGUUGCUAUUACUAUUUAUUUGAUAGAAAUUCUCUCAACAUAAUUCCACGAGUACUAUAAUACGUAUUAAAAAACUAUAAUCGUCAGUUAGUUAAUAAAAAAAAUAUAUUUCUUAAACUCUUAACUUUUAAAAUAUGUUUAUCUAAUA